AUGCGCUUCAACGCCCUCGCCCUCCUGCCCCUGCUCGGGUCUGCGCUCGCGCAGCUGCAACCCAACUUCACCUCGGACGCUGGCGUGCAGAUUUACAACCCUUCCGACUUUUUCGACACGACAGGGCCUUGGAGCUUGAUGUCCCGCGCUGGCGACACCUUGUACAUUGCUGGCAUGCGCGGCAUCGUCCCGCUGGACAACAGCCUCGCGCCCGAGGGCCUUCCACGCAUUCGCCAAGCCUUCCAGAACAUGAAGAAGCUUGCUGAGUUUGCGGACGUGGAGCUCUACGACUGUGUCCGCCUCGUCGUCUACGUGACCGACAUGUUCCGGUACCGGCCCUUGGUCAACCAAGUGCAGAUUGAGCUCUGGGGUACCGACGCGAACAAGUACCCGCCCCGCACGAUCAUUGAGGUCGAUCGCCUCAACCAGGACGACAUUGUCGAGGUUGAAGGAACAUUCCACAUGCCUCGUAAGCACAAGUGUUAG